AUGCCCAUACAAAGAGCAAUAAAGCCCGCUGCAGAGGCUGCGGCUCAUGCGUCGCGGCAGAUCAAUGCUGUAGUGGUAUCAAGCGGCCUCAUGCAAAAAACAGUAAAAGUACGAAUUGGAAAACAAGUAUGGAAUAAGCAUCUUCAAAAGAAAUUCAAUGCAACCCAGCAUCUUCUCGUCCACGACCCUAACUCCUCCCUUAACACAGGGGACGUAAUCUCUAUAUCCCCGGGCUGGAGAACCUCAAAAGGCGUGCAUCAUGUCGUAUCCUCCAUCAUUGCGCCCUUUGGCAAACCUAUAUCUGAGCGACCCCCGAUCCCAACUGCGGAAGAACGAAUAGCUGAACGAGAACGUAAAUUGACGGCGAAGGACAUUAGAAAGGGGCGGUGGAGUCGCUGGGGAUUUGAUAGGGAUCCAAGGGGGAUUGAAGGGGGUGAAUGGUACGUCGAGGGGUGGGGAAAGGAAGAGGUUGCGAAGGCGGAUGAAAGUGUAAAUGGUGAGGAAGUAAGGCUUGUGUAA